AUGAUGCUUGGCGUCUUCUCUCUUGGAUUUUUUCUGUCCAUUUUGGCAGUUCACGGUGCCAUCAGAACAAUUAACCAUGACCAAGUGCAACCGUUUUCUCAACCAGAACCAACCACGGAUUCAGAGAAGUCUGCUGUCAAAUACAAACCGCAGCUCCAUAUCUCGUACGGCUGUCACCCGUAUGCUGCUGUACAGGCGGAUGGCUCCGUAAGUGGAGGUCUAAACCGGUCUGGUUGGGCCAACGGUGACCGCAAAGGCUCUGACUUGGGGUCCCAGGUCUAUUCGCGAUCCGACUGGUACAGGGGGAAAUGGGCCAUCGUGUACGCUUGGUACUACCCGAAGGGGCCUGUUUUCACGGAAACCGGACCACCAGGCCAACGUCACUUCUGGUCAUAUAUAGUUGUGUGGACUGAUAGUCCGAAGCCAAACCACUCAACCAUUCAGGGCGUGACCAUUCCUACCGAGGUGGGUUAUGAGAUGCAAGUUCCACCGAAGGAAGACUUUAUCUUUGAGCAGGCCACAGUCAAGGUGGAGUCUUACCUCAACUCCGAAAAUCAGGCCGUUCAGUUAACGGAUGAAUCCGGUGAGAUCCAGGAUCUCAUCACGUGGGAACAGCUAACGGACCAAGCGCGCGCGACCCUGAGCGAGUUCGACUUCAAUAUAAAGUGGGCAUACGUGGAUAUGGUGAUGCCUUUGAAGGACGACGUUUUCUCGACCAUUCUUGAGGAGGCUUUUCCGUUUUAG